CGGCUUAAGUAAAAUGUCAACGCGUCAACAAUGUCAAUGCUAUUCAACUUGCUAGCAUCUUUGCUGUCAAUGUCAACAUUGUCAAGAUUCUUUUCAGACAUUUCUUUAGUUUUGUAGGUUUCCAAAAUGGGAGCUUACAAAUAUAUCCAGGAGCUCUAUAGAAAGAAACAAAGUGAUGUUCUCAGGUUUUUGUUGAGAGUUCGCGUAUGGCAAUACCGCCAGCUGACUAAACUUCAUAGGGCUCCCAGGCCAAGUCGUCCAGACAAGGCAAGAAGAUUAGGAUACAGAGCUAAGCAAGGUUUUGUAAUCUUUAGAAUUAGAGUCCGCCGUGGUGGUCGCAAGCGUCCAGUACCAAAAGGUGCAACCUAUGGUAAACCAAAAAGCCAUGGAGUCAAUGAGUUGAAACCUGUGCGCAAUCUGCAAUCUAUUGCUGAGGAAAGAGUAGGCAGAAGGUGUGGUGGUCUUAGAGUACUUAACUCAUAUUGGGUUGGGCAGGACUCUUCCUACAAAUACUUUGAAAUUAUUCUUGUAGACCCCUCACAUAAUGCUAUCAGGAAAGAUCCUAAGGUUAACUGGAUCGUAAACGCUGUUCACAAACACCGUGAACUCAGGGGAAAGACAUCCUCGGGCAGAUCAUCUCGUGGUUUGGGCAAAGGACACAGGUUCUCGCAAACCAAGGGUGGUUCCAGGAGGGCUGCAUGGCUCAGGAGGAACUCUCUGCAAUUACGCAGAAAGCGUUAAGUUUUUUUAUAAUUUGAUUUUAAGGAUUAAAAAAGAGCUAAAAAAUA